UCAAUCAAACCCCAAAAUUCUCAAAUACCUCACAAUGGAAAAGGAAGGGAAGGCAGGAACGGCAAGCAGUUCAAGGUGGAACCCAACGAAAGAACAAAUAACGCUUCUUGAGAAUCUUUACAAGGAAGGGAUACGAACACCAAGCGCCGAUCAGAUACAGCAAAUCACCGGUAGGCUCCGUGUGCACGGACAUAUAGAGGGUAAAAACGUCUUUUACUGGUUCCAGAACCAUAAGGCUAGACAACGCCAAAAGCAGAAACAGGAGCGCAUCGCUUACUUCAAUCGUCUCCUCCACAAAACCUCCCGUUUCUUCCGCCCACCGCUUUGCUCAAACGUGGGUUGUGUUAGUCCGUAUUAUUUACAGCAAGUAGGUGAUCAUCACAAUCAACAUGGGCAUGGAAGUGUAUACAGACACAGUAACAAUGUGAUGAAUCCAAGCGGUGGCUACGAUAAACGCACAAUCACAGAUCAUAAGAAGCAAUUGUCAGACAUAACUACAACCGCAGCUAGAAUGUCAAUGUCAUCGAGUUCUCUUAGAUUUGACCGAUUUGCCCUUCGGGAUCACGGUUAUAACGGCGAGGACAUUAACGUCAAUUCUAAUGAACCGAAGACGCUUCCCCUUUUUCCACUUCAGCCUUUGGACGCGGCCAGUGAGGAUGGUGUUGGAAAUUCCAAAUUUUCCCCUGGGCGUGACUCUCCGGUGACUUGUUUCGGUGAUGGCGGCGGACGAGAGCAGCCGUUUAUUGAUUUCUUUUCUGGUGGUUCUAGUAGGUUUGCUAAUAGUGCAAAUGGGUUGUAA